GCACCGGAGUCACUGUGGCCGCAUGUCCUUCUCCUGUCCAGCAGGUGACAGUAAAGUGCAGACAUUUCCAAUAUCUCCCAAACCAACAAUCCACAACAGUUUAUGGACAUGCACAACAAACAUGCGCUGGAAAGCAUUAGGAUCGUUGUCUUGAUGAGCAAGGUUAAAUCCUGUGAUGAUUAAUUGUUUAUUAAUUAAACUCUGCGACUGAAGAAACUGUCUUUAUAGUGGAUUCGCUAACGUUACUUUGAUAAUGACUCAUUGUCUUCAAGAAAGCUGCUAAUGGACGGCAGACAGAAGGACUGUUACACACAAAGCCCAGACACCCCAGCUGUAAGACAUCGAAAAACAUGCACGACAAACGAGGGGAUUGAGGGCUUUUCCCAGCCUUCUAGGGAGACUUCUAAUGGGGCGAGUAAAAGGAUCCCCAAACGAGGAGGACAGCUCAGUUCUCCCUCCAGAGGUGACCAUGUGCCCGUUUAUACUCUGGUUCUGGUGCUUGUGCUCUCUGUAUGUACACGCUUUUACAAAAUCACUGAGCCUCCACAUGUAUGUUGGGACGAGACUCAUUUCGGAAAAAUGGGAAGCUAUUACAUUAACCGCACCUUCUUCUUUGAUGUGCAUCCACCCCUUGGAAAGAUGCUGAUUGGCCUCGCUGGAUACCUGACAGGCUAUGAUGGGACCUUUCCCUUCAUAAAACCAGGGGACAAAUAUGAGCACCACAACUACUGGGGGAUGAGAGCAUUCUGUGCAGCUCUCGGUUCCUGUCUUCCUCCUUUUUCCUUCCUCAUUGUCCUGGAGCUGUCUCAAUCUACACCAGCAGCGCUCAUCGCAGCCUCUCUGCUGAUCUUUGACACUGGCUGUAUCACCCUCUCUCAGUACAUUCUUCUGGAUCCCAUUCUCAUGUUUUUCAUCAUGGGCUCUGUUCUCUGCAUGGUCAGAUUCAACACACACAGACUCAGGCCUUUCAGCUUCUCCUGGUGGUUCUGGCUGCUUCUGACGGGGGUCUGCCUCUCCGGCUCUCUGGGAGUAAAGUUUGUUGGGCUGUUUGUCAUCCUCUUGGUGGGAAUUAACACAGUAUUUGAUCUGUGGAGGCUGCUUGGGGACCUCAGCUUGUCUUUGCUGGAUUUUGGGAAGCACUUAUUCGCUCGAGUUUUCGGGUUGAUAAUGCUCCCAUUGUUCCUGUACACUACAAUAUUUGCUGUUCACUUUAUCAUCUUAAACAGAAGCGGUCCUGGGGAUGGUUUCUUCAGCUCUGCUUUUCAGUCUCGCUUGAUUGGAAACAAUCUGCACAACGCCUCCAUGCCAGAGUAUCUGGCCUAUGGCUCGGUCAUAACUGUGGAAGAAUCUGCGAAUGCAGGAGGGUAUCUGCACUCGCACUGGCAUCUCUACCCAGAAGGUGUUGGAGCUCCCCAGCAGCAGGUUACAGCCUAUUUGCACAAAGAUUAUAACAACCUAUGGUUGGUCAAGAGACCUGACAACUCUGACGAUCUCACAGGGCCACCAGAACUGGUCCGACAUGGUGACAUCAUUAGACUGGAACACAAAGAAACUACAAGAAAUCUUCAUAGUCAUUUCCAUGAAGCUCCACUGACCAAAAAACACCUGCAGGUCACAGGUUACGGCAUUAAUGGAAGCGGAGAUGUCAAUGACUUGUGGCAGGUGGAGGUGUGUGGAGGGAAGAAAGGAGAUCUGGUGAAGGUGUUGCGUAGUAAAGUGCGUUUUCUCCAUCGCUCUACAGGCUGCGUGCUUUGCUCCUCUGGAAAGACUCUUCCCAAGUGGGGAUGGGAGCAAGUGGAGGUCACGUGUAGCCCAUAUGUCAAGGAGACGCCCAACACACAGUGGAACAUUGAGGAUCACAUCAACCCUAAACUGCCCAACAUCAGUCUUUCAGUGCUCAAACCAACUUUCCUGGAGGUCCUCUGGGAGUCUCAUAUUGUGAUGAUCAGGGGAAACAGUGGUUUAAAGCCCAAAGACAACGAGAUGAACUCUAAACCCUGGCACUGGCCAAUCAACUAUCAGGUAGAAUAUCUAAAAAGAUUUUUUAGUUAUUUAUUUUUAUUUUUUAAAGUCUAUAAGUAA